AUGGGAUACUUUGAAAAGUGCGAUAUCCAUAGUAAUCGUAUUUCGGGAAUUGAAGUGAAGAAUCAGGCGAAUCCCACGGUUGUUCGGUGUGAUAUCCACCACGGUCAAACUGGAGGAAUCUAUGUGCAUGAAAAAGGACGCGGGCAGUUCAUGGAAAAUCGAAUUUUCAUGAACCAGUUUGCGGGCAUAUGGAUUACAUCGCAUUCCGAUCCGACUGUGCGUAAAAAUGAGAUUUUCUCGGGUCAGCAGGGCGGCGUCUACAUUUUCGGUGAAGGACGUGGUCUCAUUGAACAGAACAAUAUUUAUCAAAACAAUUUGGCCGGUAUUCAAAUCCGCACUGGUUCCGAUCCAAUUGUUCGACUCAAUAAGAUACACAGUGGGCAUCAUGGUGGCAUAUACGUGGUAAUUUUUCUCUUCUUGUGCUCUCGAAGUGACUUCGUAUUGUUUAUUCGUUGGGAGUCCUUUAGCACCCACUAACU